UGAAAAUUCUCAGUGUAGGUUAUUGCCCACUGCUGUGCCGUCUGUGUUUCCUGUUUUACCACAGUGCUCUUCUUCAAAACCUUCUGCUUCCAGAAAAUCUUCAAAGAGCAGAUCCAGAAGUGAAGAAAUGGAAGAUAACUCAGCGGAAAUAGAAUACCCUGUAUUCAGAUCGAAAAGGACAUCUCAGCAUCAAUAUGAGGUAAUGGUUGCAUUUCUAGAAAACCAUCCAGAAUUAACUAUUGGGAAAACGACCGAUAGUUUCACAAAAGCAGACAGGCACCGUUUGUGGCAGGAGUUAGCUGAUACCUUGAACAAAUUUCCUGGAGGUCCAAGGAAAAGCAAUCAACAGUGGAGAAAAACCUGGAAUGAUUUAAAGUGCAGUGCUCGUGCCAAGGCCAUUGGUAAUAAACGACAACAUACUGAGAAUGGGUCAAAAACUGAGCACUUGACUCCUUUAGAAAAAAAAGUACUCACUAUGAGUAAAUUUAAUGUGAGAGAUGAAAAACCAAAUCUUGUAAAUACUGAUUCUAACCUAAUGGACGUGCAAAGUAAUGAUGCUCCUAAUGGAAAAGAUAACAUGUCAAGUGAUUCGGAUGCUCAAAAUGAAUCCGGACUACCUGAUAUAAUGAACAAUUUACAGCAGUGGCCUUCAAUGGAUAAUAUAGAAAUAGAGGAAAAUUUAUUGACAAAUCACACCAGUGACAGCGCAACCGAACUACAAAACAAUAAUUUACAUAAUGAUAGUCUACAUGAUGGUGACACCAUUGACAUUAAACCUUCGAUAGCACAUCUUGCUGAAACUGUCGUAAAUGGGGAUAUAAGUCAGAAUGCUGGAAGUCGUGAAAUUGCUGGAAAUGUCAAAAGUAGCAAUCCUGUGGAAAAUACAGAAAGAAAUGAUUUAGAUAAUGAUAUAGAUGCCUUUUUCAAUUCUAGGUUUAAAAAUGAAUCAAAUAAGAGCAAAGAGAACAAUGAUACCGCUCGACGAACUGUAGCCGUUGAAGGACUUACCUUUCUUGAGAAAGAAAAAUCUAAAGCUUUAUCUCGUAUUGCUGAAGCUAAAGAGCAAUUGUUGUUGUUGGAACAAAAGAAAUUGGAUCUUUCUCGAGAACAUUUAGAAAUAAAAAGGAAAAAACUGGAACUUUCGAGAGAGCAAUACUAUUUGAAUGAAAGAAUAGCAGUUGCAGAAGAAAACAAAGCGAAAGCCUUCAGUAUAGUUGCUGAAAUUUUAAGAUCAAAAUACAAUUUAUAGCAACGUAUUAAUUUUGAUAAUUUUUUGUACAAAUAUUUUGCUUUCAUUCCCCUGUUGACAGUUAAAGGAUUCAUUGACUCAAGGAGAAAUUUCAUAUCUUUCUGUAAAAUGUUUCAGUAUUUUAGUCAUAUCAAAUGUUUCAAAGUAAUUACUAUUAAAUAUGCUUCUUUUCAUAAAUGAAGCAACAAGUUGAACAGUAGCAACACUUACAAAAGGAAUCCAAAUAAAAUAAGGGAAACUUCAAAAAAAUCUUUUAACAUGUUGUUUAGGGUGCUUUUAAUGUUUCACAUAAUUACUAAAUAAGUGAAAAAAGAUCAAAUAAGCUUUGUGCUGCAAUAUGAUUAAAUUGAAAAACCAAAGUAAAUCAAGCACAAAUUAACACAAAAAUACAGCACAUAGCUAUUUCAAAGACUCUUCACAGUGCAAAAAACUAAGUACACAACCAGAAAGUCAUGGGAGAUCUUGGUUUUCCCACUUUAUUUACGUUGGUUUUUCAAUUUAAUCGCAAUUACUAAAUAGUGCCCAUUUUCUCUUGUAAUGCCUUUAAAAGCCUAUUACUGUUAGGAUCUUACAAUGGAGGACGGGGGGAUGUAUAUUGUCAAAAAACACCAUGCAAAAAAAAAAAAAAAGUGCAAACAGUUGUUCUUGUUUUGUAGCUGUAUUUUGCAUCAAGGGUUACAUUUUAAAAUAAAGAGAGAAAAAUUAUUUUAAUGCGGCAGAAUUUUUACCAUUCGACUUAUAAAUAUGGAGUUAAGAAAAUACUUUUUUUUAAAAACUUUUCCCCUGUUUGGUUUUGACGUAUGAGUAUAAUUUAAUUCAAUUAAGUA